UGCUGUUUGACAGUUUUAUAGGAUUUUUCACGAAAAGUAUUGGGUCAGAGCUACUGCUUAAGAGCGCUACUAGUGCGUGUGCUCCUUAAGAUAGAAUUAUCGGUUUUGUCGAUAUACUGUGCCGGCUUUCAACCUCGAGGCUUUUUCUAAUUGUUUUGGUUUCUUUUUCAAGCUCAUAUUUAGAUCAUGAAUCUGUAUUAAUUAUUGAAUCAUGUAUUUAGAACGCAUGUUAAUAGGACAAUAAAAAUAUAUUCUGGCUACUAAACGUUUGCCAAUAGCAAUAUGUGGACUUUAUUAAGUAGAAGCAUGACUUUCAGGGUUAGAAAACGUUUAAUUAAACAUUUCACCCUGCCACCAAGUGUUGACAAUAAUGUGGACCCAAAGGUUAUGUUUGAAUUCAAAAAACAUUUGAGGAACCAUCGCUUGCCAUUCAAAGAUGGAGCCACAUGUUUGCAGGUGGAAUGUUAUUUAUGUGUUAAUAAAUCUGCUAUAGAUGCUUAUAUAAAUAAACGCACCGGGCUCUUCCUUUGUCCCAAUUGUGAUGUGAAGAAAAAUUUAACAGACGUGCUCCCUUUAUAUGAAACAAAGUGCAGAGGCGAUGCAAAGUACAAAGAUGUGAACUAUGAAACUAAAUUCACAACCUUACAACCAAUUUCACAAAGCAUAUGUGAUAACCUCGGAAUUAAGGGUCUUAAAUCUACAGACUUGGACUACUUGGGAGCUCAAUAUGAGUCCACUCUUAAUAUCCUUAGCUUCCCUAUACGUAAUGUCGCAAAUAAGAUCGUGGGUGAGAAAAUUCUUUAUUUAUCCGAUAAGACUGAGGAAACAAUAGAGAAUUUUAAUUAUUCUGGUUUACUGAUAUGCAGUUCAGCUCAUAAAACCACACGAGUGGUUUUGGUAUCGAAACUAAUGGACUUCAUGGUGUUAGCAAUGCAGCGCUUGAGUAACACUUCAAUUGCAUGUUUACCGUAUGGCCUAAAAACACUGCCUCAAGAAUGUUUGCCAUGCCUUGAAAAAUUUAAAGAGGUUGUGUUUUGGUUUGACUUUGAUACGCCAAAUUGGGACGCGGCGAAGAAUUUUUCAAAAAAGUUGGAAGAUAAACGCUGUUUUUUCAUACGACCGACUGAUACUGAACCAGCUCCAUUCGAAGCUCACAGGAAACGACUCAAUUUGCAACAUAUUCUGAACAAAGCAACACCUAUGUGCCACAAAUCUAUAACCACAUUUAGCGCACUAAAAAAUGAUAUUCUUAGUGAGCUGCAAAACAUUGAAAAAGUCAAUGGCGUAAAGUGGAAACGGUAUCCUAUGUUGAAUAAAAUACUUAAAGGCCACCGAAAAGGAGAAUUAACAAUACUAACUGGUCCUACCGGCAGUGGAAAGACGACAUUUAUGAGCGAAUAUUCUUUGGACUUGGCUUUACAAGGAGUCUCAACGUUGUGGGGUUCUUUUGAAAUCCGAAAUUGCCGGCUAGCCGCAACACUCCUCCGACAAUUUGUGGGAUAUUCUCUCGAGGAUAAGCUCAAUGAGUUUGAAUAUUGGACAAGUGCAUUUGAGCGUUACCCGCUGUAUUUCAUGACAUUUCAUGGUCAACAACCGCUUAAAUUAGUCAUGGAAGCCGUUGAACAUGCUCAAUAUGUACAUGACAUUAGUCAUGUAAUAAUUGAUAACCUACAAUUCAUGAUGGGAACAUCAAUGACUCUGAAAAGCGACAAGUUUUGGGAACAGGAUGCUAUAAUAUCUGCUUUUCGAUCUUUUGCUACUAAAAAUAAUGUUCAUGUUACUUUGGUUAUGCAUCCCCGCAAAGAACGUGCUGAAGAGGAUCUCACAGCUAGCUCCGUAUUUGGAACAGCAAAAGCUACACAAGAAGCAGACAACGUCCUUAUUAUACAAGACAAGCGUUUAACUUCGAUUCGGGGUAAAAAAUACCUACAAAUUGUUAAAAACCGGUACAGUGGCGACUUGGGAAUAAUGCCACUAGAAUUUGACAAAGAAUCUCUGAGUUACUCUCUGUCAAACAAGAAAAAAAAAGCAAAUAGCUGAAAACCAUAUUUUUACAUAAGUUAACUUAUUUUAAAGUGUAAUUACAUUGUACA